CCCUUGGGUUGAGUCGCCGGCGCCGCGGGCUGGAGAGCGCACGAGGGAAGAAGGGUCGCGGGAGGGAGAGAGGGAGGGUGAAGGUCGCCAGCAGCACCCACCCCCAGCGACAGCGCCCCGGCGGACCUGACACGCGUCUGCGGGGAUCUGGCGCCUGGAACGGAGCAGGAUCUUUAAGCUUGCCCGUCGACGGUGGCAGCGGGACGCCGGAGGGGCGGUCCUCGAAAGACCCGGCGACCAGCGUCCUCCUUGGACAGAGGCGCGAAAAGAGAGGGAUCGCCCGAGCUGGAGAAGCAGCCACCCAAGGUUCAGAGUCCAGCACUUGUAGAGGAGAAGAGGCAGCAGCUGCUAUGAUCCAGGUGCUGCUGCUGCUAUCGCUGGCUGGGAACGGAGUCACGGUCGCUGGCAAUAAUCCUCGCUUGAAGCUCUCCUUCCAGGAUCUACGAAUGCGCCAUGGCUUGCGUACCUAUGAGGUGGAGCGCUCCUGUUGCUAUGACUCACUGCUGCUGGACGAAGAGAGAGGACGACUUUUUGUAGGGGGGAAAAACUAUCUCGCCUCCCUGAGCCUGGACAACAUCAGCAAGCAGGAUAAGAAGAUUUACUGGCCAGCGCUCGUAGAAUGGAGGGAAGAAUGUAACUGGGCAGGUAAAGACAUCAAUGCUGAGUGCAUGAACUUCGUCAAGAUCCUACACCUCUACAACCGCACCCACCUUUACGCCUGUGGCACUGGGGCUUUUCACCCCAUCUGUGGCUUCGUAGAGGCGGGGCAGCGUGCAGAGGAUGCUGUUUUUAAACUGGACCUCAAGAAUGUAGAGGAUGGCAAAGGGAAGAGUCCCUACGACCCACGCCACAUGGCUGCCUCAGUGCUCAUAGGUGAAGAACUCUAUUCUGGUGUGGCUACUGACCUGAUGGGCCGUGACUUCACAAUCUUCCGCAGUCUGGGUCCGAGGCCUUCUAUCCGUACAGAGCAGCAUGAUUCUCGAUGGCUCAACGAGCCUAAGUUCAUUGAUGUCUUCUGGAUCCCGGAGAGUGAGAACCCUGAUGAUGACAAGAUUUUCUUCUUCUUCCGGGAGACGGCUGUGGAAGGAGCCCAAGGGUUGGGCAAGAACACGUUUGCCCGUAUUGGCCAGAUCUGCCGGAAUGACAUCGGCGGGCAAAGAAGCCUGGUGAAUAAGUGGACAACGUUUCUGAAGGCCCGGCUGGUCUGUGCAGUGACAGGCAAUGAUGGGAGCCACACCCACUUUGACCAGCUCCGUGAUGUCUUUCUGUUGCCAACCAGGGACAAGCGUAACCCGUUGCUGUAUGCUGUUUUCACAACUUCCAGCACUGUUUUCAAAGGCUCUGCUAUCUGUGUUUAUCACAUGAAUGACAUCCGCAGAGCUUUUCUGGGACCUUUUGCCCACAAGGAGGGACCCAACUAUCAGUGGGUGUCGUAUCCAGGCCGUGUCCCUUAUCCUCGCCCAGGAAUGUGUCCCAGCAAAACCUUUGGCACUUUUAGUUCCACUAAAGAUUUCCCUGAUGAUGUGAUUCAGUUCGCCCGCAACCACCCACUAAUGUACAACCCAGUGUUGCCACAUCGCCAGCACCCAAUCUUCCUGCAAACCAACGUGGACUAUACCUUCACCCGCAUUGCAGUGGACCGAGUAGCUGCAGCUGAUGGUCACUACGAUGUCCUCUUCAUUGGCACAGACAUUGGUACAGUCCUGAAGGUGGUCUCUGUGCCCAAGGACAGCUGGGAAAAUAUGGAAGAGCUGCUACUGGAAGAGUUACAGGUGUUUAAGGACUCCUCUCCCGUUACCAGUAUGCAGAUCUCCUCCAAGCGGCAACAGCUCUAUGUGGGCUCCAGGACUUCAAUUUCCCAGCUGCCUUUGCACCGCUGUGGCAUCUAUGGCAAAGCCUGUGCAGAAUGCUGCCUGGCUAGGGACCCCUACUGUGCCUGGGAUGGCACCACCUGCACUCGCUACAUUCAUAACACCAAACGGCGGUUCCGGCGGCAAGAUGUGAGGAACGGAGACCCCAAUACAUUGUGUUCUGGAGAUCCCCAGCAAAGCAGUGUGCCUGAAAAGAAGAUUUAUGGAGUAGAAGGCAGCAGUGUCUUCCUGGAGUGCCUCCCAAAGUCACUGCAGGCCCAAAUUUUAUGGACAUACCAGAAAACCAGCAGUACCACCUUGAAGGAGGUGUUGCUUGAUGAUCGAAUCAUGAAGAUGGAGCGGGGAAUCCUGUUGCGCAGUGUGCAGCGCAAAGAUGCUGGCCUCUACCACUGUCAUGCCACAGAACAUGGCUUCACACAGAAUUUGUUGAACCUUCGGCUUGAAGUUAUCCACACCCAGCAGGCUGAGUCCCUCUCCUUUUCCUGGGAAGAGGAACCCACACAGCCCUUCCAUCGCAAGCUCUGGUACCAGGAUUUUCUGCAGCUGGUGGAUCAUCCAAAUCUCAGCACCAUGGACCAGGUAUGUGAGCAGUUGUGGAGCCGCAAGAGCCACCAGCCCAAGAAGAAGCCACCACUACCCCCUCCUCUUAGUGUCAAGGCCAAGAAUCAAAAGUGGAAGCACCUAGGGGAAAAGCGAAAAGCCCGUAGUCGGAGGAUGCAUGAAGUGCCCCGUGCUGAACGAGGACCCAGGAGCACUGACAUCUGGUGACCUAUGAAGGACAUAAACUGGACAACCUCUAUUCUGGCAGGGGGCCAGGGUGGGAGAAGGGGAGGCAGAGAGAGGAAGAUCAUUCAUAGCUUCUAUGGUUGACUGAAGAGGGCUCCCUUCCACACAGGCCUUAUCCUUUUGGCUGCUGCUUGUUUAGUUUGUAGGGGAAGGGUUGUUGUCAUAGCAAUUUUAACUUCCAUUCUUUUAGAACCAGGUGCGCAACAACCUGACAGAAGUGGGGAAUUCUGCACCCCUUGGCCUCUUCCAUAAUGCACAACCAAAGAUGGAGGCUACCAAUCUCCAAAUGAACUGAUAAGAUGGAGGCUACCAAUCUCCAAGGGAACUGAGAAGUAGGAAGCAAUGCUGGCUACAGUUCUUGCUUUUAAGGAUAUCCACUGCUAGCCAUCAAAGCUUGAUCUUGAAACUGAGGAAAUCUCCAACUCUGAAGCUUCCCAUUAUAACUUGGACAUCUUCCUCUGAGCAGAGCAGCUCCCUGAUACAUCUUUCCAUAAUAGGCAAAUAUCCUGCCUAGGACUCAAUACUCAGGGUGUAAGCCCUCUUCUUUCUCUAGCCAAACCUACUCCACCAGGUGUGCGUAAGUGUAGCAAUGUGCUCCUCACCGCCAGAGACAUAACAGAACCACUGAUAUAUUUAUUAACAGACUAUUGCUGAUGAAUGUAAACCCACCACCAGGUGAUCCAACAGGAUUUAGUUUCUGACAGAAGGGGACAGAGCUGCUGUUGUCCACAGGACUAUGGGUACAUUUCUGACUGACAUUUCCUGGACAAGUGUAUUAAGAUGUUGUAUGCGAUAAUGGUGAUGAUAACAGCAGAGGAAAUAGACAAGGGACUGUGCAGUAUCUUCUGUUCCAUUUCCUCUAUCUUUUGAAUUAUUAUUUGUCAACCUCUCAGGACAGUAUGGGGAAGAUCCUUGCUGCAAGUAGCAUGUGAGGGGAUAUCUUCCAGUUGUGGGAAAUCACUGAGUACUGGGGUCACUCGUAAAGUUGAGAAUGUGGUCUAGUCAUAGCCUGUUCACAAAUGUAGGAUCACAUUGAAUUGUGCAAGGGAUAACAGCCCCUAGUUAGAACCAAUUAUUGUAUCCAUUGGUUCUUGUUAGGUAGAGGACUACUAACCAAGUUUUAGUGGCAGGGUAAAAUCUGUUCUUAGGCCAAAGCCAGUAGCCAAAGACCACCUGUUACAAAGUUCAAAAAACCAGUCCCACUCUGGGGGCCUAUACAGGAGAUAAUCACUAAGGGUCAGCUCAUUUUGAAUCCUCCAUUUUAGGAAUUCCUGGUGAGGCACUUUUUGCAGAGCCAAGAAUGGUGUGGCCACGUCCAUGGAGCUAACCAUUUCCCAGGCAUUUGGGGACACCUGAGCACUCUGUGCUGCUUCUUAAUGUUGAAGUAAAAAUAAGAAGCUCCAGAACCAAAUGGAGCUCUGUGUUUUGUCCCAAUAGCAUCAAUAUGUUCAUGUACUGGAUUGCAGUGUGAGGAGCAAGGCUCUGCCUGCACCCUAUUUAAUGAUUUGAGGCACAUGAUCAGUUCCACGUGACAUGAGGAGAUAUGGUCACUGCUCCCCAAUCCAGUGGAAGGCAGCUGUCCAGUGAGGAACCAAUGAGAUUGGAGCCCAGACUGUUCAUGUAACAAAUGGUUAGCUAUUCAGUUCAUGAUAAAGAGGUAAUAGGAAAACAAGUCCUUGCAGCAUGUUCCCUUCUGCACUCCAUGAUACGUGUAUAACAUUCUUGGAAAUUACCUGACUAAUUCACACCAUCAGUGAGAAAAGCUUGACAUGCUCAAAAUGUGGUUGUCUUAUUUCCAACAGAUGUUUUAAUUAAUCCAGACACUACAUGAAACUUUAACAAAUGGAACAGUUCUCUGCUUUUAUUGACCAUACUUUAGGUUGCUGAGUUUACAUUUUUACUUAUGUAGACUCAGGUUUAUCUACAUAAAAUACUUGGAACAACUCUCAAAUACUCUACUCAUAGACUCCUUAUGCAUUUUUCAGUUAUGAAACUAAUUGCUGAUCUGAAACAGGACAGAUAUGAACACUAUUUCAUGUAUUUUUAAGAGUUUCUCUUGCAAUACUAUAAACCACUGUGAGGGCUCUUUAAAGCUACAUAGUAAGGUAUAAGCUACCAAAAUAAAUAAACAUGAUUUUGGAA